AUGAGAAGGGGCGGGGUUUGGAAAUAUAAUCGAUGUCAGGGGCGGGGCUUAGAGGCGGGGCCGGAGUUGGGCCCAAAGAGGCGAGGAGAGAAUAGCUGGGUUAGAGUGAGGCUUGGGCACAGGGGGCGGGGGCAGGGGAGAAGAGACGGGGCUAAGUCGGGGUGCAACAGGCUCACUGAGCCCUCGGCCCGUCUUGGCUGCAGGUUGGAGUUGCCCCCGGAGGAGGGACCCCCAUAUAUCCCCGAGUUCUACAGCGGCUGGGAGCCCCCGGCCGCCGACCCGCAGGGCCGCCCCUGGGAGGACCCAGUAGAAAAACAGCUGCAGCACGAGCGGCGGCGCAGGCAGCAAAGCGCCCCCCAGAUCGCUGUCAACGGGUGGGUGAGGUGGGAGAAUAGCACCCCCCCGCCCCCGCCGACCUCGGCCCCGGCCCCGGCCCCCGCCCCUGCGCGGCCCCACUGGGACAGCUGCGACAGCCUCAACCACCUGGACCCGGGCGACAAGGAGAAAUUCUGCCAGAUGCUCAGUGUCAACGAGGAGCUGCAGGCGCGCCUGGCGCAGGGCCGCUCGGGCCCCAGCCGCACAGCCACCGGGCCCCGCGCCCCGGAGCCCCAGCUGCACCCGCGCUCCGACGCCUCGGAAGUCCGCGCCUGGCUGCAGGCCAAGGGCUUCAGCGCCGGGACCGUGGAUGCGCUGGGAGUGCUGACCGGCGCGCAGAUCUUCUCGCUGCAGAAGGAGGAGUUCCGUGCGGUGAGCCCCGAGGAGGGCGCCCGCGUGUACAGCCAGGUCACCGUGCAGCGCGCGCUGCUGGAGGACAAAGAGAACGUGUCAGAGCUGGAGGCCGUGAUGGAGAAGCAAAAGAAGAAGGUGGAAGGCGAGAUGGAAACCGAGGUCAUUUGACUCUCCCCGGACCUCCGGGAACGGUGUCCGGGCGGCGGGUUUCCCCGCGCCCCGUGGGAGAAUGGACUCUGCAUGCAGAACCCCCCGCCGAGGGAACCAGACCCCUGGACGGAUCGCGGACCUGUUCCGAACCUGCUCUUCCCAAUCCCCGUGGAUAAAAUGGACCAUCCUUGCUGUACAGUCCUGGGCGAGGUCGGGCCGGAGCGGGAGGGGCAGGGGAAAGACCACGCAGGGACCGCGCUCGUGGCGCGCUCAGCCCUGCUCCUUGCCGUGUGCUGCCCAGUCUAUAAACAGCCUCCUCGUCACCGGC